AUGAGUAGUCCAAAUGUCAAACUGAGUUAUUGUUGUAUGUAUUCGUUGGGGAAGCUAUUCUUCUCCGUGUCAUGCUCUUUCAGUGCAGGGCUUGUGCCCGUCACGAAUAAACUUAUAUUCAUUCUAGGAUAA